UACCAAAGAUCUAUCCGAUCUAGCUCUUGCUUGGGGGAUCUCACUGACAUGUCGACCGCGGUCCACGUUGCAGCCUGACCUUGCCCGCAUCCUCCCACCAUGGCCUUCAAGAACGGCCUCAGCGAGCGACUCGACGAGCUACGCUUCACCUCACCGCGCUCUCCUCAGUCCGAAUCCCCUUUCUCGGGUUAUGGCUCUCUUUCGCCGGGUCAAUCGAGCUUCAUGGCGUUCCAACGACCUUCUCAAGAUGUGCGCGCCAACCUCCAACGCCGUUUCACCACCGACGCGAGCAAGCUCUCUUCGUGGAGUUAUUUCAAUCAGCAGCAGCAACCUCAGUUGCCGGAGUCCAUAGACCUGCUCUCCUCGACUACUCAGCUUCAUAAAUCCCAGCUCUUCGAAAAGAAGCGCCAGCAUAUCGAGUAUAUGCGAGAGCAAAAGAAACGCUUCGAAGCGGACAUGAAGCUCCUUGAUCUCCAGCACGAGAGGGAGAAACAGGAAAUGGACCAGCUGGCACGCGACCUGGCUCAGGCAGGGCUCUCUGGCCCUGUCAGUGAACCUACCACUCCGCCUGAGUAUCGUGACAGCGGAUUUCCCACUGUAUUUUCUCGUCCUACUCGAUUCUCUACCUCGAGCGUCACGUCCUCCCCGGGGAUCUUCAAUGUCUUCGCCCCGUCUCAGGUAACCUCUCCUCAAUCUAACCAGGCUAGGUCCAGCGCUGCCCAGACUCCCAACAACCGUUUCUCUGUACAGUCUGUGCCGGGCUCCCGUAGAAACUCGGAAGAGGAGAGCUACUUUAGCGAGACUCUUUCACCAUAUCGCAAUUCGUCAUCAGUGAACAACCGUUAUUCGAUGCCUGUUACCGGCUUGUCAUCUCAGCUCCGCUCGAGCCUGGCGGGCUUUGGCAACAACAAUAACGGUAACGGCAUUGAUUCCUUCAGUGCGGCCAAGUAUCUCUUCCACAAUGAAGAUGAUAGAGCGACCCUGAAGGACGAAGACAGGCUCCCGACUCCUGACAUCAAGAGCUAUCUCAAAAUGACCGAUCCAGAUGACAAGUUCCCUACUUUGUCUCGUCGUGAGGACAACUCGGGACUGCUCUCUGCCAACUCUGAUGCGCUGGACUUGGCCAAUUCCCGUACUCCAGGACCACAGGACAACUGGAGCUCGCACAACCGUCAUCGCUCUUCUCACCAGAGUAUGCCCCAGGGUGCGCUGAACAUGUACCGUCUCGAUCAGCUCAGCAGCCCUCAGAGUGAAAAGCCGAUCAACGUGGCUAAUCCUUCUCGCCACCUAGCUCGUCACUCUCUCGAAGUCAAUCUGCUCUAUGGCGGUGAAAAUGGCCAUGAAGCGCUGGCUCCCAAUAACUCUAGCCGUCCGACGUCCCUGCAGUCGUCCUAUUCGACCAACGAUCUCCCGACUGUCAAGGGCAAUGGCUUUAAUGCCGCCAUUACACCCCCAAAGACCCACGCUGAACAGUUCCACCACCACAAUGCCAGCUUGGGUCGCAUUCCCGGUAACAUGGUCGGUAAUCGGCAGAAUCGUGAGUCGCCAGAGCGUGAUGAGAUGAAGCUCCACACCACGCAGGGCCAGCACUCCGCUCUUCAAGCAAGCGCUGCGCCAUUCGGACCUCAGUUGACUUCUCCUACGUCUCCUACGAGCAUCGCCGGCUCCGUCACUCCAACCCCGCUUACGGCGUUUCAGACUCCAUUCUAUGGUUAUGGUAUGCCAGCCUACGCCGGUGCGAACCCCAUGCAGGCCAACGGCCAAGUGCAGAACUAUACGGCACCGGGUUCGUAUGCCGCUUACCCAUACGGGAACUAUCGGUUCCCUGAGAAUUCCGCGCGGGGCUUGAACUCUCGUCGCAAUGGGGAGGGAGAUGCUCCUCAGCUGUCUCGUUUCAGUAAUGUUCCCCUCGAACAUUACCGCGGCGAGCUCUACGGACUGUGCAAGGACCAGCACGGAUGCCGUUAUCUCCAGAGGAAGCUUGAGGAUCGCAACCCCGAGCAUGUCCAAAUGAUAUUUGACGAGACCCACAUGCAUGUGGUUGAGCUGAUGACCGAUCCCUUUGGUAAUUAUCUCUGCCAGAAGCUACUUGAAUAUUCCAACGAUGAGCAGCGUACUGCUUUGAUUAACAACGCGGCGCCGCAGCUUGUGAAGAUCGCACUCAACCAGCAUGGAACCCGUGCUCUCCAGAAGAUGAUCGAGUUCAUCUCUACUCCUGAGCAGACGCAGACCGUGAUUCGCGCUCUUCGGGACCGCGUGGUGGAUCUCGUGCAAGAUCUGAAUGGCAACCAUGUUAUUCAGAAGUGCCUCAACCGUCUCUCCGCUGAGGAUGCCCAGUUCAUUUACGAGGCGGUUGGUGGUAACUGCAUCGUCGUCGGAACUCAUCGCCAUGGAUGCUGUGUCCUCCAACGCUGCAUCGACCACGCCUCUGGCGAACAGCGUGCCCGCCUCAUUGCGCAGAUCACCGGCAAUGCCUUUCACCUCGUCCAGGACCCCUUCGGUAACUACGUUGUUCAGUACAUUCUUGAUCUUGCUGAGCCCCAUUUCACGGAGCCCUUGUGCCAGAGCUUCCGUGGCAAUGUUCCCGCCUUGUCGAAGCAAAAGUUCAGUUCGAACGUGAUUGAGAAGUGUCUUCGCACUGCAGAUUACCAGAUGCGCCGCCAGAUGAUCGAUGAGAUGUUGGCCCCCAGCGAGCUGGAGAAGAUGCUCCGGGACUCAUUUGCUAACUACGUGGUCCAAACUGCGAUGGACUUCGCUGACCCUGAAACCCGUGCUCGCAUGGUCGACGCCAUCCGUCCGAUUCUUCCGUCUAUUCGCCAGACCCCUCAUGGUCGCCGUAUUGCUGGAAAAAUGAUGGGAUCCGAGGGUUCUGGCAGGACCAGCGGCGCUACGAGCAGCACUGCAAGCGGACAGGUCACUCCUAACGAGAUGACUUCUGGUCAGCUCCCAGCGACAUUGCAGAUUCCUCAGAAACCUUUCUUGUACCAACACAACUCUUUCCCCGCCUCCAACGUCGGUCCUCAGUUCGGAAACCAAGGCAUGGGGUUUAGUGACGCCGGAAACUCUGCCUUUGUCCCUGGUUCUGCAUCCGGGUCCGCCUCCAACACCCCGUCUGGCGGUGCUAGCGAGACGCACACCCCCAUAUUCAGCCCUACGCCCCAGCAUCCUAACGGCAGCCUUGGUGCUCAGGGUCAAGUGUACGGAUACAUCUAGAGUUUUCUUUUGUUGUUUCCGAUUCAUGAGACCUUGUUACAGGAUUGUACUCAUACUUGAGACGAUGCAACGAUAUUCAUGACUUUUUACGGCCCUCGACUGACUGUCAGCGAGAUUCUCGGGAACCGAA